AUGACCCCGAAUUUAUACGCUAGUCAGAAGCAUCAUCGCCAGCAGCAGCAGCACUACGCUAAUCAGUAUCCACGGCUUGACUAUGAGGAUUUGUUUGACAUUGGCAGGCAAGUCAAAGAACUCGACAGACAGCUAGCUAUCGUUCGAACUUCUCCGCCCAAGAUCUCCCACGAUGGUAAGUUAAUAACGAUUCAGCUGGAUAUGUCGCGAUUUGUUCCGCAAGAAAUUGAGAUAACCGUGGCAGACAAUACGAUAACUGUUAAAGCUAUGGCAACUGUAUAUUUGAACGAGAAGAAUUCGGUUGAUAAAUUAUUCAAGCGAAAAUUAGCAUUCCCCUCGAAUAUUGUGCAGGACACUGUUACAACGACCGUCGACCGGUACGGUAGCUGCUUCUCGGCACUUUUGCUUAUUGCGAAUUUCUUUUUAACGCUUGAAUAG